AUUAACAUGGCUCGAAUGAACCGCCCAGCUCCUGUGGAAGUCACAUACAAGAACAUGAGAUUUCUUAUUACACACAAUCCAACCAAUGCGACCUUAAACAAAUUUAUAGAGGAACUUAAGAAAUAUGGAGUUACCACAAUAGUAAGAGUAUGUGAAGCAACUUAUGACACUGCUCUUGUGGAAAAAGAAGGCAUCCAUGUUCUUGAUUGGCCUUUUGAUGAUGGUGCCCCACCAUCCAACCAGAUUGUUGAUGACUGGUUAAGUCUUGUAAAAAUUAAGUUUCGUGAAGAACCUGGUUGUUGUAUUGCUGUUCAUUGUGUUGCAGGUCUUGGGAGAGCUCCAGUGCUUGUUGCCCUAGCAUUAAUUGAAGGUGGAAUGAAAUAUGAAGAUGCCGUACAGUUCAUAAGACAAAAGCGGCGUGGAGCUUUUAACAGCAAGCAACUUUUGUAUUUGGAGAAGUAUCGUCCUAAAAUGCGGCUGCGCUUCAAAGAGUCCAAUGGUCAUAGAAACAACUGUUGUAUUCAGUAAAACGGGUGCCUGAUGGUAUUGCCUUGGAAGUGGAACUUGAGACAGGACCUAAUUUGUCAUGCAUAUUUACCAACAUGUUAAUUUGGUGAAUAAGUCUAAUAAAGCUUCCAUACGAGUAUUGAAAAGCAGUUUCACCAGGCUUUCAAGCUUGACAGAAUUGCAACCUCCACGUUUGGGUUACGAUCAAUCUAUCUGGAUACUUAGCAAAAGUUUCUUACUGUUAAACAUUUAAAAUGUGCUUAUCAUUUGUACCAAUUGACUUUUCCUGAAAUCAUGCAGUAUCGUUAUAAGUCUUCUUUAAAUCUAUUCCCAUGCCAGAAUCUUAUCAAUAUAUAAGAAAUUUAGAGAGAUUUAGGUGCCAAAAUACCCAGCACAACACUUGUAUAUUUUUAGUAUCAUACAGAACUAAAAAAUCCCAGAACUAUGAACACUCUAGACCUUAUGUGGUUUAUUCCUUCAGUCAUUUCAACAUUGAAAGUAGGAUCUAUAGUUUUUUUUGCCUGCUCACUUUUUUGUUUACAUCUCCCACAUUCAUACCAGUAUACAUCAGGUUUGCACAACCAUUGAUUUUAUUGGAUUUUUACCAAGUCUUACAGUGAUUGUUUAACGUCUUUCUACAAAUCUCAUUUUGUGCUUUAAUGGAAAACCAUUUUGAAAAAUCUACAUUGUACAGAAGCACAUAUCUUUAAUGUCUCCAGGCAAAAAAAAAAAGCCUUACAGUUAAUUUAAUGUCUGCACUUUGGGGUGCAACUUAACAGGGAGGGCCUGAAAAAGGAAUGGGAGGGGGCUAUUAAAUAUUUUUAGUAAAAUGUUGCCUUUGUCUUGUGCAGAACAUGUAGAAUAUGCUCUUUAAUUUAGUAAAUAUUUUUUUAAAAGGUAGAGAUGCUUUGUUAUUGUAGCUAAAACAAUUCUUAAUCAUAAAAUUUCUGAAAUUCUUGUCUUUUUUUUCCGUAUCAAUUGGAAGUUGUUUACCAACUUUUGUUUGAAGUGUGAUUUUUUUUUUUUUCCCUUUUCAACCUCUUGCAAAAAAAAGAAGUGGGUUUCUGCUAAUGAAUUGAGCAGACUCUAAUUUUUAUAUGCCUUUUGAGCUGUGUAACUUAAUAUUUGGAUACUUGAUAAUUUGUUUUAUUAUGUAAUUGAUAAAAUGGUGAUGUGUAUUAAUGUUAGUUCAACCAUAUAUUUAUACUGUCUGGGAAUGUGUGGUUAUAGUUCUGUGGGAGAAAUAAUUUGUCAGUGUUCACCAGCUUGUAAAAACCUAGUUGCGAGAGCUUAAACAUCUAAAUAAAUGAUGAAAUGCAUUUAUCAUCA